AUGAAGGGACGAAAGAUACAUUGCGAACGACGGUGCGACAAGGACGCGCAAGGGCCGCCCAGGCGAGCGAGCAGGCAGCCCGGGGGGGCGCGGAGGGGCAGGGGGCACCGCGAGCUCGAGGGCGCCGGCGCGGCGGCGGGGGCUCCUCGCGCCUCGCGGCGCCGGCGCCCAGCGCUGCGAGCGCGGCGGCGGCGGCGGCGGCGGCGGCGGCGGCGCGGCGGCGGCGGCGCGGCGGCGGGCGACGCUGGCGCCACGCGGCUGGACCAGGAACAUCAGGCGCCGCCGCCGCCGCCGCCGCCUCCUGCCACCGCCAGCGCCAGUCCGGGUCGGCGGGUAUCGAGGGCAAAGCCUCCAGCUGACUGGGCGAGCUCCGCCGCCGCGGCCGCUCCGUCCGCCGCCGCGCCGCCGACCGCUCGAGAGCGCGUCCCUCCAGCAGGCGAGUACAGGCGGGUGGCCGCCCGCCCGAGUGCCCGCGCGCCUGCCGCCGACGAUUUGACACGCCGCCGGCUCGCCAGUGAGGACGCCUGCCGGCCUCCGCGCGCCCGCCCCCGCCGCCCAGCGACUCCGCGCCCUGCCCCGCCGCUUCCUCUGCGUGCCAGGCACAGUGAUUGUGUCGAUUUUAAAAUUAGCUUUUUCAUUGAUCUCUAUGUUGUUGGCGAAAUCUUAGUGCGCAAUGAUAAUCUUAAUGGCUUAGAAAUAAUGUUUGAAAUACUUUUCCCACAAAAAGCGUUACGCGCGACAAAUAACCCGCCAGUAAACCUGAAGCAAGAAAUAAAGGGAUUGCGUAAAGAAGGUGCGCCAGGGGAGGGCGCGGGCGUGUUGGGUGUAUUUAUGCUCCCGAGCACAAAGCGCCGCGAAAAAACGCAGCGACGCGUUCAGUCCUCGCCCCGGCCUGUCUCCGGCCCGCCCUGCCGUCGCCGCUUCCCGCGCGUGAGCGCGUCGGUCACGUGCCCGCAGCCGCGCUUGCAGCGCCGCCGCCGGAGCACGGGCCGCGGUGUCCGGGGGCGGCGGGGGCCUCAGCCCGCCCCCGGCCGCGCCCGCCCCCCCCCGCCCCCGCCCCCGCCGCCUCCACCGCCGCAUCGCCCCGGUCCAGGGUCGUCGCCCGGCCCGGCACUUCGCCGUCAAGGCUUGCUCGGGGCCCUCCGUCUCCCCCGCCGCCGGCCCGCCGCCGCCCCCCCCGCGCCGCCCGGCGGCCCGCCCGCGAGGAAGGCGCCCGCGGAGGCGGGGCCGGGGGCGGGGGCGGAACGCCGGGGCUCCGUCGACGACUCCUGCUAUGACGACCAGGUGGUGCCGGUGGUGAUCCAGGCUCAUCUGUGGAGCCAGCUGGGAAAUUCAUAA